AUGGCAGCGGUGGCGGCGCCCGGCGUGGCGCCGGUUCGAGCCCGGUUCCUCACCUCCAAGGAGCAGUUCCAUGCCUACCUGCAGGCAGGGGGCGAGGAGGAGAAGGAAGAGGGGGAGAAGAAGGAAGAAGAGCAUGUCAGCAGCACCCAGAGCGAACCACCAGCCAAAAGGGUGAAGGCAGAGGAGCUCUGUCAGGAUGGGGAAAGCCAAGGGAAUGCUGGAGAGGAAGAGAAGGAACGGCCGGAGAAGAAGAGAGCCCGGGGGCAGAACAAGAGCCGCCCGUGCAUGAAACCCAACUGCUACGAGCAGAGCAGGCUGUGCCCCUCGGUGACACAGGGCUGUGGAGCGCAGUGCCACUUUGGGCCGCGCUGUCGCUUCCUCCAUGACGUGUCCGAGUACCUGGCGGCGAAGCCGGCGGACCUGGGCCAGCGCUGUGUCCUCUUCGACACCUUUGGCCGCUGUCCCUACGGUGUCACCUGUCGUUUUGGCCAAGCCCACCUUGGUGAUGGCCAUCAGAACCUGGUGAACGCCGCCCUGGCCCAGCAGUGGGAAGGGAAGCUGCUGGUGAGGAACAGCCUCUCCAAGGAGCUCCAGCAGCAGCUGCGCAAGAGGAAGUUCACUUUCCACAAGGCCGAGGAAUUUCUCCGUGGGCUCCGGUGUAUGAAGGGAGGCAAAGCCAAGGGGAGUUCCACAGAGGUCUCCAACUGCACUGCGCCCCAGGAGGGCCUGGGAGACAGCCCUGAGCUGCAGGAGCAGGAAGAACUUCCCAAACCUGAGGCCCUGCAGAGCUCCCAAGGGGCUGAGGUUGAUCACAAACCAGAGGCCCUGCAGAGCCCCCAAGAGGCUGAGGGUGACCCCAAACCUGAGGCCAUGCAGAGCCCCCAAGGGGCUGAGAGUGCUCCCUCCAUCCCAACCCUGGGCCCACUAACAGAUGAAGAUGUGACAAAGCUGCGGCCAUGUGAGAAGAAGAAGCUGGAAAUCCAAGGCAAGCUGUACCUGGCUCCACUGACCACGUGUGGAAACCUCCCUUUCCGACGGAUCUGCAAACGUUUUGGAGCAGAUGUCACCUGUGGGGAGAUGGCUGUGUGCACCAACCUGCUCCAGGGCCAGUCCUCCGAGUGGGCUCUGCUCAAACGCCACCACACCGAGGACAUCUUCGGGGUGCAGCUGGAAGGAGCCUUUCCAGACACCAUGACCAAGUGUGCAGAGCUCCUGAAUAGGACAAUCAACGUGGAUUUUGUUGACAUCAACGUCGGGUGUCCCAUUGACUUGGUCUACAAGAAGGGAGGAGGCUGUGCUCUGAUGACUCGCUCCAACAAAUUCGAGCAGAUUGUCCGCGGGAUGAACUCGGUGCUGGAUGUCCCGCUGACAGUGAAGAUCCGGACUGGGGUGCAGGAAAAGGUUAACGUGGCUCACAAAAUCAUCCCCAGGAUCCGGGAGUGGGGAGCGUCCAUGGUCACGCUGCACGGGAGGUCCCGGGAGCAGAGGUACACCCGGAGUGCAGACUGGGAAUACAUCUCCGAGUGCGCCCGCAUCGCCAGCCCCAUGCCUCUCUUUGGAAACGGGGAUAUUUUGUCCUAUGAAGAUGCAAAUCGAGCCAUGCAGAUGGGAGUUUCUGGAAUCAUGAUUGCAAGAGGGGCACUCAUCAAACCCUGGCUUUUCACGGAAAUCAAGGAGCAGAGACACUGGGAUAUCUCCUCCAGCGAGAGAUUUGACAUCCUCAAGGACUUCACCAACUAUGGCCUCGAGCACUGGGGGUCAGACACUCAGGGAGUGGAGAAAACCAGGAAAUUCCUGCUGGAAUGGCUCUCCUUCCUGUGCAGGUACAUUCCAGUUGGAUUAUUGGAACAUCUACCUCAGAGAAUCAAUGAGCGGCCACCCUAUUACCUGGGGAGGGACUACCUGGAGACCCUCAUGGCCAGCCAAAACGUGGAUGAUUGGAUCAAAAUAAGUGAGCUGCUCCUGGGCCCAGUUCCACCCAGCUUCACCUUCCUGCCAAAGCACAAGGCCAAUUCCUACAGAUAGGGCUGGCCAGGCCCUGUCCUGCAGCAUCAGGAGGCGUUUGGAUGUGCUGGGAGGAGGAGCAGGGCUCCUCGGCUGUGCUGGCAGCUGGAAUAAAGCUGAUAUUUCUAGAAGCUGGAUGUCCUUGGGAGUGACAAAUUCCCAGGAUGAGGAGCAGCAACAUCUCCCGCAACCAAGGUGACACGGAGUUGAUGUUCAAGCUCCGAAAAGAAGCUUCUCAAAGAAUUCUGAAGGCUCUGGAGACAGCCUGGAGGGUCUCAGCAGCAUCCCAACACCUGGGGGACCCCAGAGCCACCAGCAGAGUGGGGAGAGCGGUGAUCCCAGCACUGCUGACAUCCAUCAUGGCCACCCCUACAAGGAUAUCCCCAGGCAACAAUAGCUCCUCAAAACUAAGGUGUCAGGGACAGGGCAGGGCUGGGGCACCACGGGAAUCCCCUGGACCAUCCCCAUCUCG